UCUCAAAGAGGUUUUCCAGUAGAUCCACGGGCACGGAUCCUGCCACAUUCUUAUAGACUCUUAAGGUUUUACGUGCGCACUGAUCGGGGUUGAAGCGCAAAAAUGGCUUCAGCACUUGCGCGCCCGUUGAUAACCGUCUAUUCGGAGAAGAAUGAAAAGACCGGCACAAGUGUGCACCUGCCUGUAGUGUUCAAGGCACCCAUCAGACCUGAUGUGGUCAGCUUUGUGCACCAUCAGAUGUCCAAGAACCGUCGCCAGCCGUACGCUGUCAACAAGGACGCCGGCCACCAGACCAGUGCCGAGUCGUGGGGCACUGGCAGGGCUGUCGCCCGUAUUCCCAGGGUCAGGGGAGGUGGUACUCACCGCUCUGGCCAGGGUGCGUUCGGCAACAUGUGUCGCGGAGGUCGCAUGUUCGCUCCCACCAAGACCUGGAGGCGUUGGCACCGCAGGAUUAAUGUGAACCAGCGUCGUUUCGCGCUUGUGUCCUCGAUUGCUGCCAGUGGCGUGCCCGCCCUGGUCAUGUCCAAGGGACACAUGGUUCACGACAUCCCUGAGCUGCCGUUGGUUGUGUCCGACAAGGUUCAGAGCUUCAACAAGACCAAGCAGGCCGUCAUCUUCCUGCGCCGCAUCAAGGCCUGGACCGAUGUCCAGAAGGUGUACCGCAGCAGGAGACUGCGCGCCGGAAAGGGAAAGAUGAGGAACAGGCGUCGUGUGCAGCGUCGCGGACCCCUCAUCAUCUACGGUGAGGACCAGGGUCUUAAGCUGGCCUUCAGGAACAUUCCUGGCGUUGAUGUCUGCUCCGUGAAGAAAUUGAGUCUUCUCAAGCUGGCACCUGGUGGUCAUGUGGGCAGAUUUAUCAUCUGGACAGAGAGUGCAUUCAGAGCGCUUGAUGCCAUUUAUGGCACCUGGUCUUCUCCUUCCAGCGAAAAGAAGGACUACAACCUGCCCACUCCUAAGAUGACCAACACUGACCUGUCAAGGUUGCUUAAGGCCGAAGAAAUCCGCAAGGUGUUGAGGACUCCUAACAAGCGGCCAGUGCGUGCUGUUAGGAAGCUGAACCCUCUGCGCAACGUGCGGGCUAUGCUCAAAUUGAACCCAUAUGCCGCCGUUCUCAAGAGGAAAGCCAUUCUAACCAUUCAGAAGAAGCAUUUGGACAAGCAGGAGUUCUUGGCCAAGAAAACUGGCGUGCCUCUGCAGAAGACCAAGCAGCAGGUUCGCUAUGAACAACUCAUUCAGAAGAGGAAAGAAGCUAUCCAGAAGUCCAAGGCCGCUAAGCCCAAGACAGCCAAGAAGGCAAAGAAGGCGCCUGCGGCCAAGUAAUUCUAAUGUUAUCUUUCUUUCUGGAAAUAAAAAGCGGUCUUGAUUAUAA